GAAAGAAUUAAAAUUGGAAAAAAAAAAUAAAAGAGGAAUUAAUUCCACAAAUGGUUACAUAAAAAUGGUACAAGAGUGAGUUACGUAAGUAUGUAACUUUGUGAUGUAAACAAAUUGAAUGCCAAAUUGCGCCACAGUGUGUCACACUAUUCCUCUCCGAUUUAUAUAUCCCUUCCCUUCUCCCCCACUCUUUUUAUUUUUCUCAUUCAUUCCCACUUUAAAAGUUGUUAUACAGCAAAAACCCAGCUUUGAGUUUUUAUUCUAAAAAAAAAACAGAAAAAAAAACCCCUUCUUCAUUGAUUGAUUCAAGAAUCAAGUUCUAUACCCUUUUGUGGUGGUUUGUGGCGGCGGCGGCGAAGGUGGAGGUCAUGCAAGGAGUCCGUCGAUAUGGGUUGUUGUCCGACGGCGGAGUGAGGCUUGAGCUAACUCCGACCACCAAUUCCCCGCUGGCGAUAGACGUGACGGAGUCAACGGAGAUGCGGAUUCAGCGGCUGAUCUCGGAGAAUCCGGUGAUUAUCUUCAGCCGUUCCUCGUGUUGCAUGUGCCACGUCAUGAAGCGUUUGCUGGCCACCAUCGGGGUCCACCCCACCGUGAUUGAGUUAGAAGAGGAGGAGAUCGACGCGCUCCCCUCCGCCGCCUCCGGCGACGACGAUUCCGGUGGUUCCGGUGGUGGCGGCGCGCCGGCGGUGUUCAUUGGCGGAACGCGCGUUGGCGGGUGGGAAAGCCUCGUGGCACUUCACUUAAGUGGUCAUCUUGUGCCUAAACUCAUGGAAGUCGGUGCUCUUAGGGAUAUGGUAUUGUAAUAAUUAUUUUUAUCAAAUUUACUCUAUUUUUUUUUUCUUUUUUAUCUGGGGACAUAAUUAAACAAUCCAACAUAAUUACCCGAAGAAGAAGAGGAAGAAGAAGAGUAAAGGGUUAAUUUUAUUUCUCAUUUCUUUUUCUGAAGCUUUCUUGUCCCCCUCUAAAAGAGAAAAUUUAGGGUAAAUGAAAAAAAAAACAAAUAAGUUUUUCCCACGAUUAUCUUCCAAGUAGUAGUACUACUAGCUAGGUACUAGAUUGAUAAUCAUUAAUGAAGGGGGCAAUUGUAAUCUACUACUACUAAUUAAUUUUGUGUUAAUUAGUGAAUCAAAUUUGUAUGUUGUAAUUACUAGCUCUUUUCCUUAUUAAUAAUUAUUAAUGAUAGUUUCAAGAUUAAUUAAACGCUCCUUGUUGUUUUCAUUUGCUGUGUGACAACGUAUCUAUCUGUUUCAAAAUAAGAGUUUCGAGUUCUUAUAAUGGGACGGUGGAAGUGAAAUGGUAGGGACUGGAAGGAUGAAUUCGUAAUGGAAGAGUCGUGUGGUGUUUGAUUUUGAUAACUCAAAAAUAAUGAGUUAUGAAUAUCCCAACCAUUUUGGACGAAUAUUCUUGGUUUUACCUAAAUGGAAGCUGGGAAAUUAUAUAUUGUUGGCAAUUUCUUUUUGCAUCAUCAGCACACAAACAAAUUCCUCUUUUGACUGCUUUGCUAGUUGCCAUUCUAUAAGGAAUCAGUGAUUUUAUUGGAUCAUGAAGCGAAAAUCUUUACAAUUUUGAUGCUUCUCCUUUGGCUACACGCAGGAAUAUUAAUGUCUUUCUCUACUUUCUCUUCUCCAAUUUGUUUAAAUUUAUGUACUAGUUUUUGCUCAGCUGUACAGCACAAUUUGCUAGGCUUGACCAAAGGGAUCUUUUACUGGGAAAAUUUUUAUCUUCAGAUCAGAUUCCAACAAAACAUAAGCUUUGAAUCUUUGAUGAAACCAUGCAAAUUGGUGCCAAAGAUUUAUUUGUUCCUUUUGAUUAACAAUCACUAAUUAGUCCUAUGCCUGUUUCCACUUUGAGUUAUUCUCUUUCUCCCGAUUCCCUUCUUCGUCAUUGAUGACAAGACUUUCUAUUCCUCAGCUUUAGAGGUAGAGAUGAAUUUCUAUCUCACAUGCAUUUUGUGUAAUUUUUUUUAUAUUUCUUCUCACCUCCGUUUCAAAACAAGAAUCAUUCGUAUUGUGUUUUAAAAGGAAUUCAUAUUUCGUUUAAAUGCAGUUCGUUACGCACCUAACAUAUAUAGUGACUGAUGAUCUCGUCUAUUGUUUUGGUUGUGAUACAUAGUUCGAAGACAUGAAAAAAAAAAGAGACAGAUGAUCUCGUC